AAAAAAAAGGAAGUGUUUCCUCUUUAGCCGUCAACGCCAGGCAUCCUGCAGUCUUUCUCUGUAUUCGUUUUUGUCAGUGAGUCCUUGAAGAGAAACAUUAACCCAGACCGACCUUGUGCUGUUAUUUACAGUCACAGGAACCUCGAAUUAAUGCAUGAGAGUGAGAGAAGAGCAUGGCACUGCCAUAAAUGCAGAUGCCUGUGCAGGAAAAUCUGCUGCAGGCCAUGCUGAAAUGCAGAGCGAUCUAUAAUAUGCCAUUAGAUUUGUGAAGAAUGGGAAACUGCAUUAAAUCAGAUCAAUUCAAUUGCAUAAUAGAGUCGAGCAGACCUUGAGUGACAUGAGAGUUCGUUAUGCAUUUUAUGGUCCUCAGUUGUGUAAUCACAGACUGGUGGAUGAUAAGCUAUAUCCUGAAGCCAUCACCCCCGAAACAAUGCUCUCCACUGCUGUAAUUGUAAAGUAUUUUUCCCAAGCCACCAAGAGUGAUGACGGGGGAGACCGUUGGUCCGCCUUACCAGCACUCCACCCAAUCCUCUGUCCACCUUUAUCAGAACAAAGCCACAGUUUGUGAGCACAGAUCACCUGAAGUUUCAGACAGGCAAAAUGACCUCAGCCGAGUCCAAGUCGGAGCUCUUUACAGUAGCCACUGGCGAUGGAAGGGAUGCCCAUCAGAAUCAGCCUAAGUUGUCCUUCUAUGAGCACUACAUUCAGCCGUGCCUGGCAGAGGUCCUCGGCUCCAUUCUCUUCAUGUUUGUGGGCUGUGUGUCAGUCAUGGGCAACGUGGGCAUCAGUGGGAGCAUCCAGCCUGCCCUGGCACAUGGACUAGCACUGGCUAUAGCAAUCGCCAUUUUUGGAGAUAUCAGUGGUGGCCACUUUAAUCCAGCUGUGUCCUUGUGCGUUUACCUUAUCGGAGGAAUGGAACUGAUGCUACUGGUGCCAUAUGUGCUCUCACAAAUGUUAGGUGGAGUGAUUGCUGCCAGCCUCGCAAAAGCUGUCACUACAAAUGAGGCAUUUGGAAAUGCAACGGGAGCAGCAUUUAAUGCCGUUCAGUCCUCUCAUGGCAUUGGCGCUGCGACGAUGGCAGAGAUGAUUAUGACGCUCUUCUUGACUAUGGUUGUCAGCAUGGGUGCCGUGAACAUAAGGACCCGAAGUCAUCUAGCUCCUUUCUGCAUUGGACUCACUGUGACUGCAAAUAUUUUGGCCGGAGGUGGAAUAUCAGGAGCAUGUAUGAAUCCAGCACGGGCCUUUGGGCCAGCAAUAGUGUCCGGUCACUGGACGCACCACUGGAUAUAUUGGGUGGGACCUUUGGCUGGCGCUCUGGUCACAGUCAGCCUUGUGAGGCUGGUAGUGGGAGACAAGAAGAUUCGUGUUAUUUUCAAAUGAUGGAGAGGGAACCUCAGAGGAUCUCAUGGUGCACGCUUUUUAAAUUCAAGAUAACUUGUAAAGCAUUGUAUGAUAUAGU